UCAACAGCUGUCUCGAGCCACUAGUGCGAAAAAGUGUAAACAACACGAUGUCAUCUUUUUCUGGCUUGAUUCAAACUCCAAAUGAUAACCGGCCUGAGCUUUACGAAGAAGUCCGGCUGUAUAGGACAGCCCGGGAACGAACGAGAUAUGAUAACAUGGCUGACCUGUUCUCCGUGAUCAACACGCUCCAGUGUCUGGAGAAAGCCUACAUAAAAGACGCUGUCAAACCUUCUGAGUACACAGCAGCUUGCUCCAAGUUGCUCGUGCAAUACAGAGCUGCCUUUCGGCAGGUUCAGGGUGAGGGUUUCCCAACGAUUGAACAAUUUGUCGAAGCUUUCAAACUAGAUUGUCCGAACGCUCUGGAGCGGAUCAAGGAGGAUAGGCCGAUCACGAUCAAAGACAAUGGAGGCAAUGCUCUGAAAUUCGUUGCCGAUCUCUCUGUGAUGUUUGUGACAGUUUUGGACAAGUUGAGUAUGGAUAUACGCUGCAUGGCCGACCUGCAGCCGGACCUGAAAGAAAUCAAGGAAAUAAUGGGCCGAUUGACCUGCUUACCUAAUGACUUCGAAGGCAAAGUGAUCGUCCAGAAAUGGCUGGACGCCAUGUCUGAGAUGGCUGCGUCGGACAACUUCAGCGAACAACAGGCCAGGCAAAUGAAGUUUGACCUCGAGACAGCACACAACGCAUUCUCAAGAGCGCUGCAUAACGGGACUUGAGACGCGAGAUCAAAGUCUUGCGCUGCUUGCGCUCCCAACCCCCGCCCCGAUGUACAGAGAACAAGUUCCGCUUUCAUCCCUUUAGAUUGUCAACCUUUUCCGAUAAACAGCAAGAGGUCUU